AAAAUGGAUGCCUUGUGUAGUUGAAAGAUGUCAUUCGUCGUAGUAUCUUGAUUAGCUCUUCACUGAUGGCUGCAAAUACAGGAUCUCGUGAUUCAGAUUUUCCAGUUUACAUAAGUGCACCACCGGUUCCAUCCCGGAGACAAGCUCUUAGUCGAGGAGGCAGCAUGCAGCAGCAGCCUGACAGACCUCCUAUUCCUCCCAGACAAAGCAGUCUUAUAUCAACUCAUUCAAUUGCCGUUCCCAAACACAAGUUUUCAGGCCAGUCAGAUGUCCUUAUAUCACUGUCACCAGAAGCAAAUUCCUUUCUGCCCCAGAAUAGUAAAAACAAUGAUUCUAGUGGGGUCUUUACUGAUCUACAUGGUAUUGACUUCACCAGGACUCUGUCAGACUCCUGUAAACGAUAUAGCUCAUCCAUGGAGGAUUUAUCUUCUCGGUCAAAGGAAAAUGUGUAUCCUGAUAUUUCACAUGCUUUCAUUGAUGUCACACCUAACAGAGCUCAGCCUUUCUUGCCCUACUCUGCAGAACCCAGGCCACCUGUGGCAAAUCCUUUUGAAAACCGAAACAUUCAGGAUUACGGGUGGAAUCCAGGAAUCUUUGGACCCAACACAUCAUCUGUUCCGCCACCUAUUGGAUUCAACUUGGACAUAGUACCACCACCAGCACCAGGUGGACCUAACUUUGAGUUUCCACAAACACAUAUCAAUCUGUCUAGUGAUCCGAAUACACAGACGGUUGGCCAUCUUCCUCGGCCUGCGAGCUGGAGUGAAGUGUUAGACACGGGAAUCAAUGUGAACGCAGCGUAUGAUUUACCUAAUGGUAACAAUGUGUUCCACAGUUACGGACCUGGAGGAGACCCACCCACAAAUGGAGGAGAUUUAAUGAGCUUCCAUCAUGAGCCGGUAGUGGAGCAGGAAUAUUUUACUCUGACCUACUUUGAUCCUCUUUACACACGGGGCCGACAGGAAUCUAUCUCCUGUCCUUCAAGAAAAGAUUCCGUGAGUUACUCAUUUGGUGAUGCCUUUCCACAAGCUUUUAACAGGGAUUCUGACAAUUCUGAAGGGACUUUUAAUUUCUCUACGGAUUGGUUAAUUAAAGAAAAUGGAUCUCGAACAGAAGUUAAGCAACAUUUGUACCCAGUGCUUGGUGAUGAAUUUGUUCCAGCUGAAGAACAGGCGCCAGCUCUGCCUGGAAAACAAAGAUCAUGGAAAUCUUUGAGCAAGGCGAGUACACCUGAGAAACUACGGAAACGGAUAUUUAUUGAUGAAGAAUCCAAUGCUUUUUGUCAGAUGGUUGCAGAGUUGAAAACCCAAUACAAGUCCACUGAUUCCAAAACAAAUAUUGGUAUCAUCAUGAGUCCUGUGUGUGAGAACUGCUUGGAGCCCAUGUCCAUCAAAGUUGUCAUUUAUGUCAUAUUCUCACCAGAGCCUGUCCACUUUACCUGUGAUAGUAAUUCACUAGUCAACCAUGUGAUCAGUCAGGUCUUGUGUAACGAAUCGCUGGGACACACUGAGCUGUGUACAACAGACAGUUUUGUCCUCAAAGUGUACGACCGAUCGGAAUACUUGCUGAGUGAUCUUCCACUGUCAUCGUUUGAGUACACACACCAGUGUCUGAAGAUGGGGAAGGACAUCAAGUUUGAAAUGCUUCACAAACAGGAAGUCGCACAUCCCUUCCUUAGAACUAUUGAUGAUGACAUACAAAUGUUGGUUUUCCCCAAGGAGUAUGUCAGUACUGACAAGGAAGCUGUGUCAAGGGAAUCUCUGGAUAUUCUUAUGGAGACCUUCUACAGUGAAAUUGAGCGACUUUCAGAUCUUGUGCUUCAGGGUAAGGUAGACAGUAUCCAAUCCAAGUCCUUGCACCAGGCCGUGAAAGCAAUUUGCGCCAUACUUGCUAAGAUAGAAACCAUAGACAUCUCCAAAGCUAUGGAGAAACUUGAACGUGUUAUUGUUGACAUGAAGAAUCCUGGGAAUCGAGCCAGUCACAUGCUCUCCGACACGGACCGAGAUACAAUGGAUGCAAUAAAUGCUGCUAUUCGGUGCUCUUUUGUUGAAGAACUACAAGAAGUGAUAGACCAGCUGGUGAUAGCAGUCAAACAGUUGGUCAGAAUGUACUGCGAAACAUUUCACAUGGAUUUUGCUUUCGAAUCCUCACAAGCUGAGUACAAAGAAUCACAAGAAGUGACCCAGAUCAAAGACAACUUUAUAGUUCACGUAGGAUCAUGUCAUCGUCUUCCGGGGCCAUGGCUCAAUCACUAUGAGGAGUAUAAGGUGCUCUGUUGCUUGUACCAUGGGUCACAGAAAUUGGCUAUGGAGGUUUCGACGACAUGUAAAAUAGCCACUACAAGCGGUCUUUGUGAGAGGGUUGUGUGGGAUCAGUGGAUUCAGUUCCGGUCGAAAGAGCUGUGUAUUCUUCCCCGAGAAACACGACUUUGUCUGACGCUGUGUGGUCUACGAAACCCUCACCCCGGGACCACGGUCGACUCGGACCACAAGAUUAGCAUGGUUCUCGGAGGAGCCACUAUACAGCUGUACAAUCAGAAAGGCAAUCUUGUCCACGGAAGUCAGCUUGUACCACUGAACAUGGGCUCCAAGGCUGAUCCCCUGAUGCCGUGCUGCCAAACUCUUCUUCCAGACUCUGUUUUACUUCAGGUGAAUCUUCCUGAUUUUGACAAAAAUAUUUUCUUUCCUGAACCUAUAAUUAAAGGAUCAAGCCCAAGCAAGACCUUUGAUCUGCUUAUUCCGGAACUGAAGGAAAGAGUUCAGAAUGUGUUAGAAAAAGACUGCAAGUCAACGUAUGGAGCUGAAGAACUUGAAAUAGUGUGGAGCUACCGACACUAUCUCCAUGAGUACCCCAUGCUGUUACCACGGAUACUGCAGGCAGCUCAUAGCUGGGACUGGGCAUCAUUGUCAGAGAUUUACGCUCUCCUCAGAGACUGGAAACCAGUGGAACCAAUGCAGGCCUUUGAGAUGUUACUUCCUGAGUUUCCAGACCUGCGUGUCCGAGAGUUUGCUGUCAAGAGUCUGGGACAGAUGAAGCCGGACGAUCUCGUGGAAUUCCUGCCACAACUUAUUCAGGCCUUGAAGUUUGAAAGCUACCAGAACUCAUCUCUAGCCCGGCUACUGUUAGAACAGUCAUGUAGAAGUAUCCGAUUUGCUCAUCAGUUCUUCUGGUUGUUAAAAGGAGCAGCUGCACAGGAUGCAACAUUUAAACGCCGCUAUGAGCUCAUGUUUUGUGCUCUGGCGUCUGUGGCUGGUGACGCCCUCUACCAAGAGUUUAAGAAGCAGGAGGAACUGAUCUCAGCUCUCAACAACACUGCAGUCAAAGUUAGAUCAGCUAAAGAAAAGGAGACGACAUUGAGACGAGAGUUGGAGACAAUAUUUCAAAUCUUUGAGAACUGGGGCAAAAUCCUACUGCCUUACAACCCCAGUCUUGAUGUGUGUGGUAUCGAUGGAAAGUCAUGUUCCUAUUUUACAUCAAAUGCCUUCCCUCUAAAGUUGGUCUUCAAGAACUGCAAUCACAAGGCUGACCCAGUCUACGUUAUGUACAAAGUUGGAGAUGACCUGCGACAGGACAUGUUGACUCUGCAGAUGAUUCGCAUAAUGGACCGACUCUGGCUCAAGACCGGCCUCGAUUUGGGCAUGAUCACCUUUGCAUGUCUAGCCACCGGACCAAAGAAAGGUAUCAUUGAACUGGUGACGGAAUCGGAAACUCUUCGCAAAAUCCAGGUGUCGUAUGGUGUUACUGGAUCGUUCAAAGACAGGACAAUCAAAGAGUGGCUACAGAAACACAACCCCACUGAGUUAGAGUACUUGAAGGCGGUAGAGAAUUUCACGCGAUCGUGUGCUGGAUACUGUGUGGCGACAUAUGUGCUGGGUGUGUGUGACCGACACAACGACAACAUCAUGCUCAAAGAAUCCGGGCACAUGUUUCACAUCGACUUCAGCAAAUUUCUCGGGGACGCUCAGAUGUUUGGCAGCUUUAAAAGGGACCGCGUACCAUUUGUGUUCACAUCAGACAUGGCGUAUGUCAUCAACGAUGGUGGGAAACGAGCCGAUCACUUCCAGCACUUCAUCGAUCUCUGCUGCCAGGGUUUCAACGUUUUACGCAAACACGCUGAUCUGUUCUACAGCCUCUUCUUCCUGAUGUCGAGGUCGGGUAUUCCCGGUGUGUCGGAGCAGGCCGCGCAGUAUGUACGAGGUGCCUUGUUACCGGGACACUCGGACUCACAGGCAGCUGCCAUGUUCACUCGGAUGAUAGAAGACAGCCUCAAGUCCGUGUUCACACAGUUCAACUUCUUCUUGCAUAAUCUCGCCCAGCUCAAGUUCUCCAGUCACAACGAGGGGGCGCUCUUGUCUUUUGUUCCAAAAACAUACAGUAAAGAAACUGAUGGUAAAAUUGUCAAAGUGGAAUUACUAGGCUAUCAAAAGCGAUAUACUCCAGAAAAGCAUUAUCUCUACAUUGUGCAAGUUGAAAGAGAAGAACAGAAAGUAGCCAGUUACAUUUUCCGACAGUUUUCUGAGUUUGUUGAAUUCCGAGACAAAUUAUCUGACAUGUUUUCUUUGGUGACAUGGCCAAAUUUCUCCACACGGCUGGUCCUUGGACGAAGUAAUAUAAGAAGUGUCGCAGAAAGUAGAAAACAGGAAAUAGAUUACUUUCUACGAGAACUUCAGUCCAAACAGCCAGAGAUAUCAGAGUGUGACCUGGUGUACACAUUCUUUCAUCCAUUGUUACGGGACGAGCAAGAUGCAGCACCCAACCUGAACAUUAUUAAAUUCAGAGAACCAGUCUUACAGCCGAUCGCAAACAGCUCUGGAAUCCAGGGUCAGAUAAAACUGUCUGUCCAGUACAACAAGGGGGGUCUACACGUGAUGAUCAUGCACUGCAAGGAACUGGUUGAUGGAACAAAUCUCCCAAGUCCGUAUGUGAAAACAUACCUUCUUCCAGAUCCUGAAAAACAUACCAAGAGAAAAACUAAAGUUGUAAAGAAUACAAACCACCCAACAUACAAUGAAGUGAUUGAAUACAAGAUCUCCCAGCAAGAGAUUAAUGGCCGCACUCUUCAGGUGACUGUGUGGGACCAGGUGCUUGGAGAAAACAAUUUUCUAGGAGCUCUGUACCUGAAACUUCGUGACUUUGACCUCAGUAAACCAACUACCAGCUGGUAUAAACUGGGGAAAAUUCAGAUGACCACUGGAAGUAGUAUGGCUUAGGAAAAACUGAAAAUUGAUGUUGCUGAUUAAUUUAACUCUCCCAAAAACCACGAAACAAAUGAAGAUGACAAUUAUUUAACAGGUAGUAGUUAAUACAUUUAAAUGAAUGAUGUUUAUAAAUGUGCAUUAUAUGAAACCGGUAGACUACAAGUUUUAAAUCAUGUGUGAUCAGCAGAUGAAAGUACAAGGGCACAUGAUUUCAGAAGUUGGUGCUUUGAUAAAUAACAUUCUCUGCAUGUUUUCAGAGGUGUUUGCUUAGAUGAAAACUGCAGACUCUCGGUGGUGUGAAAUAAAGUGCGAGAUAAAGUUAUGAUGGUGUGUACUAAGCAGCAAUGAAGACAUGCUUACAGUUGUCCUUUGAGAAAUCUUAUUGAUAACAAAACCAUGAAUGAAUGAAAAAAAAAGUCUUCCAAUGUCGUAUCAGAAUGUUAGGUUGGACGUACCUCAAGCACGGUGCAAUUUUUAUAUGCCUUCAACUUUUUGCUUUCUUCUGUGAUAGUAUAUGGCCUUGAACAGUGCAAAAUCAACUAGUUUAAGUAAAAAUUUGUGUUGCCCAUUUCCAUUUGCAAUAGCAAUGAAGCAAGCCUUGCUUUUCUGUGCAAAAUUUACUCUUACUAAAACAAUUGUUAGCUUUCAUCCCUUUGUGUAGAUUAAAAAAAGUUUAUUAUUCCUGUGAAGACUUAACUAAAAUCCCAGACAAGUUUAUUUUAUGAAAGCUGCAGAAAAGUCAUGCUUAAAAAUGAAGUUACUAUUUAAAGAUGUCAUUAUAUUUUUGUCUGCUGUAAACAUUUUUAGAUGUUUUUCACUGAUGCAGACAUUUUUUACAAAUGUGCAUAAUAAUUUUGUUUUGUGUUUUCAUAUGAGCAGCUAGAUUAGAUUAUUAAAGUUAGUUUUAAAGUUAAAACUUUUUUAAAAACUUUUUUUAAUGUAGUCAUCUAUUAAAUGAU